GCCUCCCCCGAGGAGGGCCUGCUGCUCCCGGGGGCGCCGCGCGCCGCCGGCGGGCCGGCCGGCGCCCGCGAGGGGCCCGAGGGGGCCGCGGAGGCGCAGGCGCGCGAGCAGGGGGCCGCAGGCUGCCAGCCUGCGAGGAGGCCUUGGCUGGCCCGGGCCGUGGCCGGCGCGCUGGCGCUGGCGCUCGCGGCGGGGGCGCGGGCCGCCGCCGCCGGGGGCCGCGCCGCCGCCGGGCCCGCGGGGGCCGCAGGCCGCGGGUGGCGAGGCGCGCUGCAGGCCGUGGAGGUGCCAGACACGGGGGCAGUGCCACCCUCUUCGACCUGGCCGCGGAGGAAAUCGCCCAGCAGCUGGACUCUGGCUACUGGCAGGUCGCUCAGCCGCACGUGACCAUCAGGAAUGCCCGCAACACGUUUGCCGAGGUCGUUGGGCACAAGGACAAGUGCGACAUCGUGUCUGGCACGUCCGCGGGCGGGUGGGUACAGCUGUCCGCCCCCAGCAGCUACAUGAUGGAGUCCAGGAACGACGUCGAGCUCCUGAAACGCAUACAGUUCGCGUGGCUGACGCAGCCCGGGGAGGACUGCGGUGGCGCGGGGUUCUAUAUGAUCGAGUCCAUGGAGCUGUGCCAGGCCGCGGCCCUGUCCAUGGGGCUGCACGCCCAGGUCCUCACCGUCAAGGGCACCGCCGCGGGCGCCCCCCCCGAGGGCUGCUGGGUCCUGCCCCCCUUCCAGCCGGUCUGGUCGCCUGGCGGCGGGAGCGGAGGCGGCACGGACGCCCAGCCGCUCUGCGCCAGCGCGGAGCCCUGCAGGCCUCUCGAGACGAAUGCGCUGGCGACGACGACGACGACGCCUGAAGCCCGUCCCGUCACGACCACCUCCACAGAGGCAGCCAGCACGGCCACGUCGACCACCGACCGCCAGACAACCGAGUCAACCACCCUCAGGACGGACUGGCCCGCGGGCUCGAUGUUCUGCUUCCUGAUGGCGCAGGUGGACGGUGGCUACGAGAGGGACCUCAUCGAGAAUGCCAAGCAGAGGGGGCUGAGCAUCUACAACGCCGGCUGCGACGAGCACCUCACCAUCACCGACGUCGAGAUAGAGAUCUGUGGCAUGGGCUCGUGCGAGACGACGGCUGCAAUCGGCUCCUUCGCGUGCAAGAAGGGCGACUGGGGCUCCUGGGCGAAUGCCGAGGUCUUCCUCAGGGGCUGGCGAGCCCUGAACGACGAUCAGCGGUACAGACAUCACGACUGGACCGUCAAGGUGGACGCAGAUACCGUGUUCUACCCUGACAGGUUCCCGCUGCACAUAAACAUGCUCCAGCUGACAGGCGCCCGCUCCGUGUUCUUCAUGAACUUUAUGCCCGGCUAUCCGGUGGUCGGGGCCCUCGAGGCGGUCUCCACCAUUGUGUUGAGAGCCUUCUUUGACCAGUAUUCCACCAAGUGUGACGACCUGGCUAUAGGCGCCGCCGAGGACUACUGGUUCUGGAAGUGCAUGGAGCGACUGGGUGCCCAGAUGAUCCAGGACGACGCGCUUCUCCAGCACGAGGGGCACCCCGCAGGCGACAAGUGCACGGACGGUUGGUUCGUGGCCAUGCACCCCUUCAAGACGGUCGGCGAGUACAACGCCUGCAUCGACAGGCAGGGCUUCGGCACGUGA